UACCAGACUAACUUACAGUACUAACAAAUCCACCACGAUUCACCACAAGUACCAAACAAACAGACCACCGCAAUGACAACAACAUACACCAUCCCACACCUCCCACCUCACAAGAUAUACAUAACCCACCUCCCCGCCCUCUCCUCCGCCGCGUUCAAAACCUUCCAGCGAGAACUCACCUCCAGCACCUCCCCCCCAUCCAGCGAAUACGCAUUCCUGGAUGCUAGCGUGAUCCUCUCGACGACGCACCUGCUAGCCGCCGUGUUCCAGGCCGUGCGCAACGAGCUCGUCAGCGGGAAGCGCAGGACCAGGAAUGUGCAUAGCGAGGUCGUGUAUUGUUUGGGGGGGAAUAAUAAUGUAUGCUUUGCUUUGCUCUGCUGUGUUGGGUGGAGGGAUGGGUGGGCUAAUGAGGGGUAGAUUAAAGAGGCGUAUAAGAGGUUCGGCGUCACGGAGGAGACGAAGGACGUUAUUGUUAUCAAGAUUGCGCAUGGGAGUGGGGAGUACUGGUGCGAGAGGGAGGAGGUGGGGGAGAAUAUUCGGAGGGUGAUUGGCGAGGAGGGUGUUAUGGAGGCUUAUGGGGAUGGGGUUGCGAGGAGAGUUGUGGAUGUUGAAAAGGUCAAGAGGUAUUACAAGAUCAAGGCGGAUGGGUCCCAGACGAAGGGGAUCGAUGCACUGGGGAUUAGUGCGUUGGAGGUGGAGGUUUUGGGCAAGAUGGUUGGGAGGGUGGUUGGAUAGCUUCUCUUUUUAUCACCUUUUAACAUCACUAUAUGCGGAGUUUACGGGGUAACGGCUGUGGAGUUACUGGCUGAUUGAUUGAUCGGCUGUGUUGUAAUUGUACUAUAGGUUUCACCAAGACAUGGGCAUCUCCCCUG